AUGGUUUUUGAACAUGUGCUAUUGUUCAGCAAUCCGUACUCAGGAGGAAGCACGAGUAGCACUAUUAUCAAGAACAUCACCUCCCUAUCCAGCCAGUUAGCAUACUCCGAACGCAUAGUAGAGAAUAUCACUACGCUCUCGGCCAACUAUGCCCAGACUACGGAUGGCGUCAUUCAGGGCUUGCUCUACGUCCCCGACCUCCAUUCGGGAGAUCUUUGCAACGCCUUUCUUGAUGAAUACAUCCCUAGCAAUGCCACUCGACAAGCAAACUUACCUCCAACGAGCUACAAUCUCAUAGCUGUUGCACCGUGGGUCAGUCGGACCUGCACGAAGCGUCUCCUCGAUGCUGCGAGGUCAGAUCCAGUUCGUGGCUUCAUUUUCUACCUUCCGGACACGGGUGCAACUCCACCACCUCCCGCCAGCGACCCAGUGUGGGAUCUUGGUGACGAUGGCAAAUGGAAGACAGAGCACAAACACCCCAUUUAUGCCAUCUCUGGCGCUAGUGGGGCUGAGAUGAUGCGCCAACUCAGCUUUUACUCGGGCAAUCUAACGACCAUUCCCUAUGGUGCCGAUAUCACGUCGAUAUACGAUGCAGAUCCUGAUGACUACGUACGAGUAUGGACCGAACUGAGGGUGUCAAGUCCAUCUACACUUGCUCUUUGGAUGUACGUGCUGAUAAUCGUUGCCUUGCUUCUCUUCGUCGUUGGUACCACAUCAACAGCCAUGCACUGUGUUCAGAAUCGUCGACGGGCAUCACUCCGCCGCCGUGUCAUGCGAGGUGAGAUUGACCUGGAAGCACUCGGUAUAAAACGAGUCACCGUGCCUAUGGAACACAUUCAGCGGUUUCCACUUUUCACUUACAACUACGACCCGCCUUUGCCGCCAUCAAACGUCCCAACUUCACCUCAAUCGCCCCAGGAUUCGAUAUGGAAGGCGUCGGAUACCGUGUCCAGGGCCACUCAAGCGGCUGAUCUGUCUGCUAAUUACCAGCCCCUUUGUCACAUUUGCGUAGAGGACUUUGAGUCCAAAGCUACCAUUAUCCGCGAGUUGCCGUGUGGUCAUAUUUUCCACCCCGACUGCGUCGACGAGUUUCUCAACGAAAUCAGCUCGUUAUGUCCAAUCUGCAGCAAGUCGAUGCUACCACGAGGCUACUGCCCACGGAUUACGAAUGGCAUGGUCCGCCGUGAGAAAGCAACCCGGAAGCUCAGGCCGGUGGUUGUGGAUCGGGACCUGGAAGGUCCGCGUCCCAAGAUACAGUCAUGGAGCAGUGGUGCCAAGAAGCGGACCCGCAGUACUCCGUCCUCUCCGGUACCACCUGCGGACUCCAUUGAACUACCCGAGCGACUAAGGGUAGUCUCCGAGAACAACAUUCAAGACAAUGGCGCGUCUCGCCAGCAGCGAAUGCGAGAACUUGCUGCUCCCAUGAAUGAUGGGAAUAGUGACGAUGGCUAA